AUGUUCGGGAUUCAGGAGCAUCUGAUACGAGAAGUGAGCGGAUUAAAAGAGAGAAGUCUUGGAGAGGAGAUGGAUCCGGUCCGGUCGUGGGUGCGUAAUGUCGGGGUUGUGGAUGCGAACGUCGCGGCGCAAAGUGGAGUUGCUUUGUCCAGAGCUCAUUUUGAGAAGCAGCCGCCCUCAAAUCUCCGCAAGUCCAACUUCUUCCACUUUGUCCUGGCGCUCUAUGACAGACACGGCCAACCUGUGGAGGUGGAGAGGACUGCAUUUGUGGACUUUGUUGAGCACGACAAGACGCUGCUCGCGGUGCGAAACACGUCCACAUUGGGUGUCGUGGCGCAGGCAGGGGCACGGUGUCGGGGAGAGCAGCCUGUCAGAUCAGCGAUGGACUCCAGCUGCUCCUCACUCAGCCGCUGUUGUGAGAAGAAAAGUUGUGGCAACCGAAACGAGACGCCCUCUGACCCAGUCAUCAUUGACAGGUUUUUCUUGAAGUUUUUCCUGAAAUGUAACCAGAAUUGUCUGAAGACGGCAGGAAACCCGAGGGACAUGAGGAGAUUUCAGGUGGUCCUGUCCAGCACUGUGAGUGUAGAUGGCCACGUCCUGGCGGUGUCCGACAACAUGUUUGUCCACAACAAUUCAAAACACGGUCGAAGGGCUCGCAGGCUAGAGCCAGGCGAGUCUGUGGAGAACACUAUGGAAUAUGCCACCCCGUGUAUCAAAGCCAUCAGCCCCAGUGAGGGCUGGACCACGGGCGGGGCCAUGGUCAUCGUCAUCGGGGAGAACUUCUUUGACGGGCUGCAGGUGGUGUUUGGCAGCAUGCUCGUGUGGAGUGAGCUGAUCACGCCGCAUGCUAUCCGUGUCCAGACGCCCCCUCGACACAUUCCCGGGGUCGUGGAGGUCACACUGUCGUAUAAAUCCAAACAGUUCUGCAAGGGAGCACCGGGUCGCUUCAUCUACACAGCCCUAAAUGAGCCAACUAUAGACUACGGUUUCCAGCGCCUUCAGAAGGUCAUUCCUCGACAUCCCGGCGACCCAGAGAAACUAGCCAAGGAGAUCCUCCUGAAGAGAGCGGCCGAUCUCGUGGAGGCCCUGUACGGCAAUCCACACAGUAAUCAGGACAUGCUGCUGAAACGUGCAGCAGACAUCGCUGAGGCGCUCUACAGUGUUCCCCGUCCUCACAGUCAGCUGCAGGCGCUGCCCAGCUCACCGGCCCAUGGCAGUGUCAUGGGCCUGGGCUCCUAUCCUUCUCAGUUAGGCGUCAGCAUCGGGGAGCAUGGACAAAGCAGCCAAGGUUACAUUCGAAAUUCAAGCAGCUUGUCUCCAAGGGGUUACCCAUCAGCCUCCACUCCUCAGCAGUCAAGCUACGGGGGCAGCGGAGGGAUGACUGGAGGCUAUGGGACAGUUCCCAUGACCAGUCUAGGUGUUCCAGGCUCUCCUGGUUUCAGCAGUGCCUCCCCCACAGGCUCUCCCUACAUAAUGCCCUCCAGCCCAACUAUACCCGGAAGCUCCAGCUCCUCAUCGUCUCUCUUGCCUUUCUCCUCCUUCCCGUCUGCUGCUAAACAGAAGAGUGCUUUUGCUCCCGUCCUCAGGCCCCAGGGCUCCCCCUCCCCUGCCUGCCCAGCCUCAGGGGGGAACAGCUUCAGAGCGAUGACGGGCCUGGUUGUUCCCCCGAUGUAGCAAAGCGCCCACCCCAAUCUACCCCAGACCACUGCUUCACUUAGCCCCUCUUUUGGCAUUAAGAGGGAAGGGAGAAUGGAAAUUUGAUCUCUAGCGACUAUGUAUAACUUUCCCUCCUGAACCCGAACGCCGUUUCUUAGUCCUUUUUUCAUCCAGGCAGAUGAAACAGGACGGGGGGACGAAAAUGUCCAAAGACCAGCCAUCUACUCCAGAGGCAGAGCACAUUACUUCACCCACAACUACAGACACACAAAGCCUCUUAGCUAACAGCGCCAGACGGGACCAUAUAUCGCUGUGUGUGUCAUGAAGCAUCUGCAAUUUUUGAAAGGAAACAAGCUUCAAAAGUGUCUGUAUUUACCUCCAGCCUGCUGUCACAUGCAGUAUCUGAAUCUUCAACAACCUGCCCGAACCUCGGCCAGAGACGUACGGGACACGUUUGAGAGAGCACUGACGGACAACUCUGAUAAAACGUUGCAGCUCUAAGAAGCAGGGUGCUAUUUGUCUGUGCGUGGACACCUUAAAUGGCAUGCGUGUACACUGUCUGUGAGUUAGCGAGAGGUUUUUUUGUAGUAGAUUUUUUGAAGACAAUUUACAUUCCAGAAAAAUAGACCCUUUAUUUUUUGUUCUGAUCUCUACGGUUUUACAAGGGAGAACUCUUUGUUUCGAGGGUUAUUACGAAAGGAAUUCAUAUAUUGAUUUAUUUAAGAACAAGCAAUUUAACUUAUUAUAGGUAGUUUAGGGAAUAAUAUAAACGUGUUUUUAUAAAGUGGUCCUUUUCCAACUUUUACUGAAAUGAAGUUAUCUCAACAAUUGCUAAUUCAUUUGCUAAAUGAUAAUAGAGAAUUGACUUUUUUGGGCGGACAAGAUAAGCUCAAACAUGUCCCAAGUUUUCAGGUUCUUGCAUAACAAAAUCUGACUGUUAUGCCCGCAUCUAAAAGAGGUUAUUGUCCUUGUGUAAAGGAAAAAUGUUAGCUAGCCUUAUCCUUUUUAAUUUCACUUAUAAUGCAUGCUUUGUCACACCGAUGCCCUGAUAUUAUUUCAUUCCACAUUGCAAAGUUGAAUUUAUAUGACUAUAGAUUUUACAGUUUCAUUAUAAAUGUCUCAACCCAGUACAGGUCUCUAGUCACUAUGCAGUACAGGAAAUGAAAGCACAAACUGCUCAAUUGAAAAGAACGAGGCGUAUUAGGUGUUCAUGAACCCAUGUCAUGCUGUUCUCACUCACUGAUUUCUAUCAUCACAACACAAACUUCAUUCUCAGGACGUGAAAACAAAGAACACAAAGAGUCGAUGAAAUCUUUUUCAAAUUUGUUUUUAGAGUUUGGUUAAUUUUAUUUAUUUAAAAAAUAACUAUUAGCAAUUUAAUAUUAUGUUGUUUUUUUUUUGAAGCCAUCCUUGUUUGAAACGGUA